AUCACAAACAAAACACCAGAGAGAUCUUAUCAGCUAACGUGACACCACUGACCCACUCUAUACCAUAAUGUAUAUUCUUAUCUCAAGCUUUCUGAGAUACAAUUCAAAAUAAUACACUGGGGAGCAGAGGCGCCCACUGAAAUAUAUUUAAACAGGUCACAGAGGAACCAGUGACCACUGACGAGACACCAACUCUACAUGACUGCCCGUCUCCACAGGACAGUUAUUCUCUGCUGGAGACACUGAUUAAAUUGAACAUCACUCCCAGGCCGGUGCAUAAAGAGACUGGAGAGAAGAUUCCCCCUGGUGGACUCCUGUAAGUGAUCAUUUUUUCUCUAUGUAGCUGUUUGUGUUAUAUAUGGUCCAAGCUGGACAAUAUUUAGUCAAAAAAAAAUUUUAAUUCUAUUUCAAACAUUUACCAAACGUGGCCACUGAUUUGAUUAAUUCUGUACUGGAUCAACACAUCAGUAAUUAAUCAAAUGGUGGAACAGAACCAGGUUUGCUUUAAAAGGUGGCCGUUGGUCCCAGAAUGAAAAGCUACUUUUCCCCCCAGACUUGUAUAUUGUCUGCAGGAAAGUCAUUGUGCUGUAAGAUGAGAAACACACGACACACUCUGUUUGUCAUCGGACUUCUGUGGAGCAGCGUGAGAGCUGAAAUCACCAUUAGCAGCCUCAAAGCUGCAGCAGUUGCGUGGGAGGGGGAGGUGACCUGCCACAAGUGGGACUGUGAGUGUGCCUUCAGGCAGCUAGGCUGCUGCUGCGCCAGCAAAGACCUCCAGGAAGCAGACGACCAAAUCUCAUCGAGACUGAUGAGCCUGUCAUCAAGACUUUCCAACUUAGCUGACAACGUCCUUGAAGACAUAGGAGGUCUACAGGUUUCCUUCACUGCCACCAUGAGCCCCAGAACAAGUUGUUUUGGACCCUUCAACAACAACUUUUCUAUCCCUUAUGAUGAUGUCAUUCUCAAUCAAGGACAUGGUUAUAACCCUGCUUUAGGCGUAUUUACAGCACCUCGAGCCGCACUGUACUCCUUCUCUUUUUCGGUGUACUCUAAGGUGGAAACGGGUGAAAAACUGUCCUUCAAAGCCCAAUUAAUGCGAGAUGGGGAGGCAGUGGUCUCCACUUGGGAGGAUAACAGGGAGGACCCAGAGGACAGCAGCACACAGACAGUACUACUGUCUCUGGAUCAGGGCUCCCAGGUCUACGUGCAGCUCCUGAUUGGCCGAAGGCUGUGUGGGGACGGUGCAGGCCUCAACUCCUUCUCUGGUUCUUUAAUUUAUCCUCUUCAUUCCAAAAAUUAUUAAUAUAAGUGCUGUUUACUACUGUAGAACUGAUGUGAUCAAGUGUGGAGAAAGACACAAAAUGGUAGUAUUAAAGGAUCUUUAAAUAAAUAAACAAAUACUGAGUUGUAUUAUGAAUCUUCUACAGCUUUUCUCUUCAGGGGUCGCCACAGCAGAUCAUGUCCAUCUCACGAAGAGAGUUGAAUCUAUUUGAAGUAAAUGUCUGUCAACAAUAGUUCACAUCCUGUUCCCCUUAAACAUGGUUUUAAAUGGAGAAAGAUUUUAAAAUGCAACAACAGUUCACCGUUUGUGCAGUCGUUUUUCUCUACGGACUGGUAAACUGUUCAAGGUGUACUCUGCUGCCCCCAAGUGGUGAUGGUGAUUCCUUGUUUUGGUCAUCUAUUGCACUCCCUUCUCCAGGCGACGAUGUCAUGCUGUUUUUGACAAAUAGUCUCUAACAUUCACAGUAAUUUCAAAUAUCGAAAAACAUCUCUGUCCCCAAAGGGGAGCAUGACAGAAAAUAACUGAGAACCACUGCCAUAGACUACGGCGAUAGACACUUCUAGUGUGAUUCUUAGAAUACUGUUCAUUAUUAAAAUAUCAGUAAUAGUACUGGUAAACAUAGAUUCCAUCUUUGUCUUCGCUCUUCUUGCUUAUGUAAUUGAUAUUUGGGGGGGGGAAAAAGAAAAGGAUUCCUAUGUUGAAAUUCAUCAAAUAUUACCAGAUUUCCUUACCACUAGAUGGCAGUAGUGUACAGCUAAUACUAACUCAGUCUUACGAGAAUUGGUCUUCUGUCAGCAGCGUAUCCUGUCCUCAGACUGCAUACUGAAGGGUGUAGAUGAGCAUAUGAAUGACGAGAUGGAACUGCAAAGGUUUCAGUGAUGAUGAUGACAGGGUCAGGAAAAUCAGAAUGAACCACAGGUCAUUAAAAAAAUACUCCUAGUGUUUCAUUAAAAUACAUGUAUAAGAAUGGAUGUUUGGUUUGGUUGUAGUUCAACAUUGACACAGGACUAAAGUGUUACUGCAGUAAUGUUAGUGAGGAUGGGGGUCUGAAGCCGGGGAAGAAAAUAAAGUGGGAGGAGAGUUAAUAGAGAAGAUGUUGGGAUGGAGUGACGGAGGUAAUGAAGGGGGUAUUUUACAUUUAGGUUAUUUGAUUCAGCAAAUUGAUCCAGGGUAGAAUAAAAGGUUUUAGAUGGAGGAUGCAGUGUAAUAGAAAGAACAAGAGGUACAUUAUAUAGACAGUGUUAAUGUAACGGUGAAAAGGCAGUAAAGGAAAAUGUAUUUAACAAAACAGAUAACUGAGGAAAGUGAGCUUUGUGAAGCGGCUAGCACGGUAUCGAACGUUAAAAAAAGUUGAUUGUAUUCAAUGUUUUCAACUCUGCUUAUAUUCCAGAGAGAGAGAAAGAAAGAGAGAGACAGAGAGGGAGAGAGACUGUAUGUUCCCAUCAAGACAGUCUGCUUUGACAAGGCAGACAUAAGGUGGCCGCUGAUCGAUGUUUCAUAGAUUUCUUUUGUUUCUUGUCACCAGUUCAGUCAUUUCUUUCAACUUCUCCUUUUCAUCCCCAUUAAAAGACAGUAAACAUGAUGGAUGUGCUCUCUAAAGGUCCAGUCAGCUGAUACUAUUCACUGGAGAACAGCAGAUUUGUUAACUCACCCUCGAGAGAUAUUAUU